CCGAACGUCUCAUAUAAGUGUGAGCUGACCGGCGCACGCGCAUUGUUACACAGUACAUUAUAGUGCGCGGGUCAAAUCGUCAAGUGAAAUAUGGCUGUUUACUUCUAUCUGGUAGCGGCAGUAGUCGCAGUGGUGAGUGCCGCUCCUCCUCCGCCACAACAGCGAUACCCUCAGCAAGCAGGACUGCACCAACUCAAUCCACUGGACUACUUUAUAGAGCAACCAGUUGACAACUACUACAGACCGGCUGAACAGAAACAAGUCAGUGUAAAUGGUCCUCAUGGUUCGCCUGCUCGUCUGGAGUCCUUGGAGCCAGACAGUGAGGUCGAGUUGGUGCCAGGAGUACAACAGCCACAGCAACCUCCACAACAGAACCCAGUAGCUCCUAACAUACCUGGACUGGUGCCUGGACAGAGAGUGUUCAUAGUGCACAUGCCAGUUCCCGGUUACAGCCCCGGAAGCAUCGGAGGCUACCAACCUGUGUACAUUGUUGCUGCAGCGCCUCAAGGAAACGCUAGGUUCCCAGGAAAUGGUUUUCAGAACACAGUUCUGGUAGACCCAUCAGGUCAUAGCGUCGUGAAUCCGUAUGCUGGUUACAACCGAGGUUUGGUCCAACCACAGGUGCUGCCCUCUCCCAUCGGCUACCAGAGUCGACCUUAUGACCUUGUGUACCAAGACCCUGGACUUGUUAAUGCCGCUGGUCAACCUAUCCAAGCAGAUGGCAGAGGUCCCAUCCACUUCUCCCAGAAUGUGGGACUCCAAGGACCAGUCAACCCUGCAGCCUAUCAGGGACCCGUCGCCCAACUUGCCCACCCAGGCCAAACGCCUAACUUGAGAGUACCUAGUGGUGCCCCAGCUCAACUGAAACAAGGUACUGAAGAAGCCAAAGAAGCUGUUGACGCGAAAUCGAACCACAGAGCACAACCCCUCACACGAAACAAAGCGUAGCUCAACGAUACCAACUAGGAUACUGUGAUCGAACAAAUUUAUAUUAAUUUAGAAACUAUAGAAGAAGACAUUUAAUUUGAACACCAAAAUGAAUGAUAAGUUAAGUAAAGUUCGAUACAAACUGAACAUUAAGAAGAACAUGCUAAGCUGCAUUGCUUUUAUAGUUUGUAUCGAACUAUACGCGAUUGAAUGCAAUUAAAUGGAUUGUAAAAUCAAAGCAAUGCAAUGUAGUUUCUUAUAUUUAUAACGAAAAUUAAAUGGUUAAAUAUAUUUUCGUAAACUGUUCAC